ACAGGCAAGAUCGCCUCUUUCCCCAUCCCCCACCCCCGCUCCGUCCGGGCGGCUGUGGUGGGCUUGGCUCGUCAGCCGCGAGAAGCGGUCUUCUCCGGCGGCGAUGUCGGCGGCCGACGGAGAGGGCUGGGACGGGAACCGGCAGCGCGGAGGAGGCAGUGGAGACGGGCCGGCGGCUCAGGCUCCCCGCGGGGGGCUCCUCAACCGCUUUGUCAGGCUCCCGCCGGGCCCGGGACGAGGCGGCCACAGAGUCCCUCCAGCCAGAAGCGGCCACCGCUGUGUGGCAGACAAUGCCAACUUGUAUGUGUUUGGAGGAUACAAUCCUGACUACGAUGAGUCCGGAGGACCAGAGAAUGAAGACUACCCGCUCUUCAGGGAGCUCUGGCGAUACAACUUUGCUACUAGCACCUGGCAUCAAAUGGGCACCGAGGGCUACAUGCCGAGAGAGUUGGCAUCCAUGUCCCUUGUGUUGCAUGGGAAUAACCUCUUGGUCUUUGGCGGCACUGGGAUCCCAUUUGGCGAGAGCAAUGGCAAUGACGUCCACGUCUGCAAUGUGAAAUACAAGCGCUGGGCCCUGUUCAACUGCCGAGGGAAGAAGCCAAAUCGCAUCUAUGGACAGGCAAUGGCCAUCAUUAAUGGCUCCUUAUAUGUGUUUGGAGGAACAACUGGAUACAUCUACAGCACAGAUCUGCACAAGCUGGACCUGAAUACCAGGGAAUGGAUUCAACUGAAGCCAAACAACAUGCACUGUGACAUGCCAGAGGAGAGAUACAGACAUGAAAUUGCACACGAUGGGCAGAGGAUUUACAUCCUCGGAGGAGGAACGUCCUGGACAGCCUAUUCCUUGGACAAGAUCCAUGCUUACAACCUUGAAACAAACACGUGGGAGGAAAUAGCAACCAAGCCUCAUAAGAAAAAAGAUUUCCCAGCAGCCAGGAGAUGUCACAGUUGCGUACAGAUUAAAAAUGAUGUCUUUGUCUGUGGAGGCUACAAUGGAGAGGUGAUCUUGGGAGACAUCUGGAAAUUGAAUCUGCAGACGUUUCAGUGGGUGAAGCUCCCGGCUGUGAUGCCUGAGCCUGUUUAUUUCCACUGUGCAGCUGUGACUCCAGCUGGCUGCAUGUAUGUCCACGGAGGUGUGGUGGACAUCCAUAGGAACAGACGGACUGGUUCUCUGUUCAAGAUGUGGCUGGUGGUGCCCAGCCUCCUGGAACUGUCUUGGGAGAAGCUUCUGGGCUUCUUCCCUCACUUAGCAAACCUCUCCAGCGCGCAGCUUUUGCACCUUGGACUCACACAGGGACUCAUUGAGCGCUUGAAAUGAGACGCCCCGGCUCCUGAAACACGAAUGGCAGCCCGUGACUCCUCCCGCCCCUUUCCCUGGCUUUCCCUCCCUCUCUAUUUAUGAGUGCUGCAGAAGAUGCUGCUAAGGAGAUGGGAGGCCCUGCUCCAAAGCCUUACUCGGCAAAAUGCAUCAGAUGCCUUUCCUGUGAAUUUUUAUUUUAAAGUUUAUGGAAGUCAACUUUUUUUUUUAAACUUAUGGAUUCCUAUAAAUACAUCAUGAACUAAA